UGACUAGCUAGCUUAAACAGCUAGAGGAAGCCCAUUCCAUUUACAGGUAUCUGGCUGUGCUGCGUUCUGAAGGGGUUAAGGGCUUGUUGGGAGCAACAAUGGCUGUAUUCAUGGCGGUCGUCUUUGGGCUGCUGGUUUUGGUGGGACUCUGUGUUUGCGCAGCUCUGUUGAGAUGGAAUGAAGUCAAGUACAGCAAGAAAGGCUUGCCUCCCGGCACAAUGGGUUGGCCAGUCUUUGGCGAGACGACUGAGUUUCUAAAACAGGGCCCCAACUUCAUGAAAAACCAACGAGCAAGGUAUGGGAGUUUUUUCAAAUCCCACAUACUGGGCUGCCCUACCAUUGUGUCCAUGGAUCCAGAGCUGAACAGAUUCAUUCUGAUGAAUGAAGCAAAGGGUCUUGUUCCAGGUUAUCCACAGUCGAUGCUGGACAUCUUGGGAAAAUGCAACAUUGCAGCUGUCCAUGGCUCCACCCACAAGUACAUGAGAGGAGCCUUGCUUGCUCUGGUUAGCCCCUCCAUGAUCAGAGGCCAUCUUUUGCCUAAAAUCGACCAUUUCAUGAGAUCCCACCUCUCCGAUUGGGAUAACAAAAUCAUUGACAUUCAGGAGAAAACUAAGGAGAUGGCAUUUCUCUCUUCGCUUAACCAAAUCGCUGGCGCCGAAUCGGCCUCAUUGUCUCCGGAAUUCAUGCCGGAGUUCUUUAAGCUGGUCCUCGGAACCCUCUCUCUUCCCAUCAACCUUCCCGGCACAAAUUACCACCGGGGAGUUCAGGCGAGGAAGAACAUGGUCGGCAUGUUGGAGAAACUGGUGAAAGGGAGAAGAGCUUCCAAAGAAACUCAUCCCGACAUGCUUGCCGUCCUGAUGGGUGGAGAUGAGAACAGAUAUAAGCUAACUGACGAGGAGAUUAUUGACCAAAUGAUCACAAUUUUGUAUUCUGGGUACGAGACCGUUUCGACUACUUCGAUGAUGGCUGUCAAAUAUCUCCAUGAUCACCCGGAUGUUCUUCAAGAACUCAGAAAAGAACACUGUGGGAUUAGAAUGAGGAAAAAGCCGGAAGAUCCAAUUGACUGGAAAGAUUUCAAGUCAAUGCGAUUUACCCGGGCUGUGAUCUUCGAAACCUCAAGAUUGGCCACAAUUGUUAAUGGGGUUCUGAGAAAGACGACCCGGGACAUGGAACUCAAUGGUUUCAUUAUUCCCAAGGGGUGGAGAAUAUAUGUCUACACGAGGGAGAUCAAUUACGACUCGUGCCUGUAUCCCGAUCCCUUGACCUUCAAUCCAUGGAGAUGGAUGGACAAGAGCCCAGAAUCUCAGAACUAUUUCUUUAUAUUUGGAGGAGGGACCAGGCAUUGUCCGGGCAAAGAACUUGGAAUUGCAGAGGUUUCUACUUUCCUUCAUUAUUUUGUAACUAGAUACAGAUGGGAAGAGAUCGGGGGAGAUAAGCUAAUGAAAUUUCCGAGAGUUCAAGCACCAAAUGGGUUGCGCAUUAGGGUUUCGAGUUCCUAACGGAACGGACCUUCAUUCCAUACAGAACAUGAGUAUAGCAGACAAGCACAGAUGUACAAACAAUUGGCUCAACAGAUUCAGAGUUUUUUCUUUCCCUUUUUAGUGAAAUCGAGAUUUUUAAUUUUGGCCAACUUCCAUCUCCAACUUAAGUAUUUAAAUUGUAGAAACACCUUAUUUG